AAGAUGGCGGACACCAUGAUUCGUUAAUGUAAGAAAAGUUGACAAGUGCAUGUUUUAAAUCAUAUCUUCUAUCUGAUGAACAAAAUAACUGUACAAAUAUAUUCCUAAAAACACAGAAACGUUAAGUAAACAUCAGAUGAUAUCAUGGACUUGCUGGACAUCAAUAGACAAUGGCACCAAUUAUUGCCAUAAACGGAAUCAUACCUCGCUCAGGAGAUGUCAAGCAUUGGCAGCCAGUCAUCUGGUAGUCAUGUUGGGGGUGGUGCAACACCAACAUCUGCCCGGUCGGAAAUAGGCUUUGGGGGAAACAAUACACAACCCCCUACUGAAGCAAGCAGACCCAGGACACAGAAGGAAGAAGAUGAAGAAGCAUUCAAAGAACUGUGUGCAAACAAUGGCCUCAACCACAACAAGAUACAGAGCGGGGAGCAGUCGACGGUGGAGGAGCUGGAGAUGUUCUUCUCCGGGUACCCCCGCAUCGUCUACAUGGACAGGUUCCCCUGCCUGCACACCCUGGUCUUCAUGGGACAGAGCAUCAGCAAGAUCGAGGGCCUGACCACACUUACCAGCCUCAGGGAGUUGUGGAUUGGUGAAUGUCAACUCAAAAAAAUAGAGAAUUUGGAGACCUGUUCAAAACUUACAAAACUCUACCUCUAUGGAAAUGAAAUUUCAAAAAUAGAAAAUAUUGGUCAUUUGACUCAUCUAGAGACUUUGUUUUUGAACAACAAUAGCAUUAAGAAUAUAGAAAAUUUGGAAAAACUUAGAAUGCUGAAAACACUGAGCUUAGCAGAAAAUCAAAUAGAUAAAAUAGGACACUGUUUAGAUGCUAAUCAGAGAUUGACAGAUUUGAAUUUGUCAGGAAAUCCAAUAUGUUCUCUCAGAGAGCUGACUCAUUUGAUGCGUCUGCCAGAGCUACAUUCCCUGAGUCUGAAGGACCCCCAGUUCUCCCCCGCCCCGGUCAGUCUGCUGUGUAACUACUCCACCCAUGUCCUCUAUCACCUGCCUAAACUCAGCAAGCUGGACACCUAUGAUGCCAGCAAGAAUGUGUGUGAGCUUGCAGAGGCCACAGUAUUGAAGAAAAAGAUGUAUUACAACAUGAGGGUAAAGACAGUCAAGCGGAAUUUGGCAGAAAUUGUGUCAAAGAUGGAGAUCUAUAAAUCUCGACUGCUCGAAUUUCCACAUGAGCGAUUGCGGAAUCUCAUGAAUUGUAUCAAGGAAGUGCGUAGGGAGUUUGAAGAUUUGAUGCUGGAAACAAUAGAUAUUUCAGUGUUUCAUGACACGGAACCCGAAGACAAUCUUUUGUUGGUUCAGGAUUUAGAGGAGGAGAGUAAACUGCAAAAGUUGGAUGAAAAUGGGAAGUUUACUGCCAAAAUGAAUUGUAUAAAGGAGAGAAUCAAGAUGUGGGAGAAAAAGAUAGCAGAAGUUGGGAGUUAUCAACAGGAGGCUUUACACAGGGUGGAAGUUCAGGCGGAAUCUGUGAUGAGAAGAAUGGCUAUUGAGCUGGAGUCGGGCGGAAAUGUCCGCUUUGAGGAAGGAACAACAUCUGAUGUCUGGUUUUCAUCUUGCCAUGAUUUAGUGCUGUCUCGAUUCUGUGCCACAGACUACAAGGAACAUGGAAUUGCUGGACUCAAAAUCCACCGAAUUCUCCGUGUCCACAACAGGAUGCUGCGGAAACGCUUUGAUGACAAACUGACAGGGAUUGUGGAUAAUACAGAGGGGGAAUACUUUCCAAGCAACAGGAACACCGCCUACAAGAAGCUGCUGGAGUACUUGUUCUGGAUCUGGGACCCCCAGCUACCAGGCGGCUUCCACGAAACCACGCGGGUGUUAGAGGAGGGCUACAUGGAUGCCAUCUCUUACAAGGCUCUGGGUAAGGAUGGAGCUGUCCCCCUGAGUAACAGCCUCAGUCUGGCUGACCGACAUCGAAUCAGCACCCUCACAAAGGAAAGCAGAGAGAAGGAGUACUCCGAUACUUGUCCAUUCAGAUAUGGUCACUUAGUCAUAUCCAAAGUUUUUCUGGGUAAAAGUGUCAAGGCCAUUGAUGAGAGACCAAUUAACAGGUCCAACUAUCCAAAAAUAGAUGCUGUUUUCAAACCUCGCAAGAUGUGCGUUCCUCCAACUGCUCUAGAAAAAUUUCUCAUGGCAGGUGGGGGAGACUCGAUACACAACUGUGAGUGCAGUGCUCGGCAGUGCGAGUGGUACCUGUUUGAUAAUGAGCUAAUUCUACCUGAGUACAUAGUGGAGUUUGAAUAUGUCACGAAGUUUCGGUCAAAGUCACCAUUUGCAACCUUUUGCGACCUUACAUUUGAUAACAAGGAAUCCAAGAUUCCGACCGUGCCCCAUGUGGAUGAUGAUCCGACGGUGGAUGAUGAUGUUCUCGGAAUGGAACCACUUCUAAAGCAGAGACCUCGGUUGACAAUGUUAAGUGAGGAUCUGCUGCUGAAGCAUGUAGGUGUUGAUUCUCUGGAGUCCAUUACUGUCUUAAAUCUCCACAACAAUGGAAUCAGCAAACUGAAGCCGAUCCAGGCCCUGGUUCACCUCAAGCGACUGACGGUCAGCUUCAACGAACUCGGCAGACUGGAUGAGGUCGCCAACAUGGGAAUAGAAUAUCUUGAUGCCAGUUUUAAUCAAAUUUCCACUUUAGAGGGACUGAAAAACAUGGUUAAACUGAAAUUCUUUGACCUAAGUUGGAACAAACUCACUAACACACGAGAAGACCUGUCCAUCUUGAGGAAGCAUGCUUGUAACCUUUUGACCCUUGACCUCAGACACAAUAAUUGGCUUAAGCCACAGAGCAUAAGACUGCGUGUCAUUGGACGAUUGAAGUCACUGACCCUCCUUGACGGGUCGGGUGUGACAGAACUUGAAGCAACAGCUGCUCUGAGGGUUGCUGCUGGGUCUCGGAUUUGUCAGCUGUCCCUCCUGACUCACGCUCGAGUGGACUCACACAAACCUCGCUCACUCAGUCUGAUGCCCACAGCUGAGAUCCUGGAGAAGCAGAGUCACCACCGGCCAGAGAAAAUCAGUGACUCAGACACUCAUUGGUACCUCAAGGUCACCUCUCUGUUUUUGGACAAUCAGCACAUCACUAAGCUGUCUGGCCUUGAGAGGCUGGAAAACCUGAAAUAUGCUUCCUUUAACAAAAACGACAUUACAAAAAUGGAGGGGUUUGACCAUUGUAUGAAGCUACAAGAACUCUCCUUAGAAAACAACUGCAUCAGUAAACUUGAGGGGAUCUCUAAGCUGACCCAGCUGAAAAGACUGUGUCUGGGUAAUAACCUGAUCUCUACCCUGGAGAACACAGGUAUCCAUUACCUGGUACAGCUGACUUACCUGUCCCUGGAGGGAAACAGACUCAGCUCCCUGCUGGGGCUACAGAAAAUGUCCACACUGGUGGAACUGUAUGUGGGGAAUAAUAUCAUCAGCAGUGUCAGGGAAAUCUUCUAUCUCAAAAUGCUGUCCAAUUUGGUGAUACUUGAUCUGUUUGGGAAUCCAGUUGCCAUGGACACAGACAACUACCGACUUUUCAUCAUCUAUCAUCUCAAAAACCUCAAAGCAUUAGAUGGAUCUGCAAUAGAAGCUAUGGAGGGAAAUCUUGCCAAGGAUACCUUUGGUGGUAGACUUACACCAGACUUUGUAGCCGAAAAACUAGGCCACUCCAACUUCCAUGACGUUCGAGAGCUUGACCUUCCAAACUGUAGUAUUCGCAUUGUAGAUUUGGGAAUAGGGGACACGUUCCUCAAUCUUAGAAGUGUGAAUUUAGAACAUAACAACUUGACUUCCUUCAGUGGUCUGAUUCAUUUGCCAAAUAUAAGGGUGCUGUGUUUGAAUCACAAUCAUAUUGAGUGCAUUAUGCCGAAACAGAAACCGGUUAACAAACUCUCCAAGCAGAGUUCCAGUAAGAACCUGGAGUUUUUCUCCAAUGACUCGUCCACUCCAAUCAUGGAGAGCCUUGAGGUGCUACAUUUAGGUUACAAUGGAAUCAAGGACAUGUCCACUCUACAGCUCAGCAGACUCACAUCUCUUAAAGCAUUGUUCCUGCAAGGGAAUGAGAUAUCUAAAGUAGAAGGUAUGGAGGGGCUGCAUGAUCUCAGGGAACUGGUGCUGGACAGGAACAAGAUCAAAAUAAUCACUGAGCUCUCCUUCGCCAAUCAGUGGAACUUACAAGAGCUCCACCUGGAGGAGAACAGAGUAAGGGAGCUAACCUACCUCAACUGUAUGGACAACCUACAGAGGCUUUACAUGGGCUCCAAUCGCGUUCAGGAAAUGGCUGAGAUAGAGAAGUUGGAAGGAUUAAAUAACCUAGCAGAGAUUUCUCUAGUCAACAACCCUGUUGCUAGGCGACACCUUCAUCGUCCGAUUCUGGUCUAUAGGCUGAAGCAGUUGGUGAUAAUUGAUGGAAUCCCAAUUACAGAUGAAGAGAGAGGAAAGGCUGAACUCUACUUCAUGGAUCAACAGGUCCAGACCACACAACCUGCUGCGAGUGACAGUGCACUGCCUGGAAUCAGCCAGAUGAAGACCCAGGUUCCAGUCAAAGUGACCACAAUGCACCUGGGUGCCUCUCCGUUGUGGAAUGGAGGCGUUCUCUAUGACGACAGUGCUCAGGAUGCAAUCCAGAGAGGAAUGAAAAUCUCAACAGGUGGUGGUCGAAGAAGAGGAACUGGGAAGGACCCCACCCCUCCCCCCAAUCAAGGCCUGCUGAAUCGUGCCAACACUAUGGUAUACAACCCCUCAAACACUGGUUACGGGGGCUUCUCCUACACCAGCAACUCGGUAAACUCGGGAGCACGGCCACAGUUCUAUCUAAAUCAAAUCCCCUAUGUUCAGCCUCCCUCGCAGACAGAGUAUGUUGAGUGGUUUUCAAGGAUAAAUCAGGCCAAAAAUAACAGGAGGUGAUUGGAUAUAGCCUGAGAUCACUGAAUAUAGACUGAGGUGAUUUGAUAUAAAUCGAGGUGAUUGGAUAUAAACUGCUUCUGUAACAGGACUGUGAUGCAGCCAUAUUGUGUGUGUUACAUGUCACAAACACAGUGUUUAUCAGUGCUUACCCGAAUUGUUUUCGUUAUUGCAUGGUUACAGUAUUCACUUUUGUUUAAGUCAGUAUAACAGUGUAAAAGAAGCUGUUACCUAUGAAAGAUGUGUUUCAUAUUGUGCCUCAAUAUACUAUGGACUAAACGUGUAAAACCCUUGUAUUUUUUCCCUCCUUUGUCUCUUAAUUCCAGUGCCAUUCCAUAAAUUCAUGAAUCAAACAGUAAAAUUAUAUACCCCUUUAAGGUUCUCAGUACCAUCCUUUUGAAUGGCCAAAAUUCACUUUCAUAAUUUUAUUUGGUGCAAUUUUAGGCUAUAUAUAAAAAAAGAAGUUUUUACCUGUUAGAAAUUAUGAUGCAGACUUGCAUGUGCACAUGUAUGAUAGAAAAUAGAUAGUUUAUCAAAUUUUAUCAUUUCUCAUUCUUCCAUUGCUUUAUUCAUCAUUAUAGCAGUACUGUUAUACUUGGAGUAAAUACAUGUAAUAAACCAUGCAAGGCCAAAGGCUGCCUUGCUGAAGUGUUUGUGAAGGAUGUUCCCUUAUUUUUUAGGGAAUUUUUUUUCUCCAGUGGAAGGUUCAUGACUUCCAAAAUCUUUAGACAAUAAAUCCGUCCAGUACAGAGUUUGCAUGCUAGACAGUGUUUCAUUUAGGUUGAAUAUAGCAGGAUUAGUGCAUUGAUCAGAUUAUUGAUUCUGGGUAAUUGGGCAAUUGGUCUUUAUUUGAAAUCACUAUAAUAGCUAGUCUACAAAAUGUAUAGAUAAGAUAGAUUGAAUAAAUGAUAUUCAGAUCGAGGCUUAUCUCCUCUGUGUGUGUGUGUGAGAGAGAGAGAGAGAGAGAGAGAGAGAGAGAGAGAGAGAGAGAGAGUAUUUUUGUCAGAGAGAAAUUUCAUGAAAGCUGCUUUUAUUUAUGACACAUGUAAUAUUGGUAGAUGGAGAAGUGUACAUGCAGACAAUCCAUUUAUUUUGAAAGAUUAAAAAACUAUAAACAUUUACAUGUAUAUAUUAAAAUAUAGUAUUUUUGUAUAUGUUUAAUAUAUUUAAUACAUAGUUAACUUAUUUUCUUACUUUUUAAAUUUGUUUUUUAAGCAUUCCCUCCAUUUUAUUAAGUGUAAAUAUCUGAUACAUGUACGAUUGAGUUUUGUUUUGUGAUAUUUGGUUUGCUCAAGUUAUAUUAUAUCAAAUACCUAGUACAAUGUAUGUUCAUUAUCAUUAAUGAUAUUAAAAGUGUUUUCAAGACAUGGA